AUGUUUCCAAAUCUAUCUGUUAAUUGGUUUCUUGCAUUUGGAACAGCACUAAUGUGGCACAGAGAAAAAUCGUUCGUAUCCGAUGAUAUUGAUAUUGGAAUAUUUAUUGAUGAUUUAACUCAUGAUAAUAAAUCUUCUAAAAUCAUUCCAACUAUGAAACGGUUCAAUUUCAAACUACUGUAUAUCUACGGUAAAAUUGACCAUGGUCAAGGAUGGACAUUUACAUGUCCUGUAUCGAAUAUAUAUUUUGGCAUAUUUGUAUUCUAUCCUGAACGUAUUAAUGAGACAGAUACAUGGUGGUGUGCAUCUUACAACGGACGUUGUAAUAAACUUCGUUAUAAAAAAUGUCGAUGGCGUUUUCAACCCUUUCAGCUUGAACAAAUAACGCUUUAUGAACAUACGUUUCAGAUUGUUCCAAUAAGUUUUAUUGAAGAAAAAUAUCAGGGACAAAAAUGGAAAAUUCCAAAAAAAUAUGGCUAUGCAGAAUCGUUGAAUCUUUCAUCUAAUCUUGUCAUAGAGUAUUGA